GUCCACGUCGGCCCAGUCCCCGGGUCGUUGCCGCAGACGCGCCUCGCCCAGGGAGUGUCCACGGGCGCCCAGGCGGUCCCCCCGCAGCACGCCGUGUGCGCGUGGGAUCCGGAGCUUCCCGCGGGCAGCAUCGGCCACGCGCAGGGGAUGUGCAAGCCGUGCUUGUUCUUCUCGCAGGCGCAGUGCCGGAAGGAGAAUGACUGUACGUUCUGCCACUUAGACCACAGCACUCGACUCAUCAAGAAGGUGCGCCCCUCCAAGAAGACGCGCAGUUGGCUGCUGCAGCGGGGCCGCCAAAUGCUGCAGGAGGAGGGCGUGACGGUGCCCGCGCGGACCGCUCCGGAGCACCGCGGGCGGCGGGCCGCCGGCGCGCACGGGGCCGCGCCGCCCGCCGCGGCGUACGGGGCCGCGCCGUCCGCCGCCGCAGUGUGGAGGGAGCAGGAGCCGUGGGAGGUCCCGGCUCCACCGCCGCCCCUGCCUCCGAGGCGCUUCGAGGGCGUCUCGCGAG